GGGCAAUAUGGCGUCCACUGGUAAGGAACGUCACCUCCGCUGCUGUUUCCGGUUUUCAUGAGCGGCCUCAUUCAAUAAUAAUAACAAACGGAACGUGAAACGGGUGAUACUUUAAGUCGACAUAUCUACCUCUGGUAACAGCCUUGUGAUAAUGCCUGGGUGUGACGUCUGCUGUGAAGAGCUGCCAUCUGAGGCAGAGAUGAGAACCCAUCUCCUCCUGAGUCACACAGAGAAAGCGGUGGCCUGCCCGUUCUGCUCUCUGGCCGGCGUCUCAUAUGAUGAGCUGAACUUCCACAUCAACACUGCACAUAUAGAGAAAGAUUACCAGGACACGAAUGCAACAGUGGUUGACAGUGGACAGAAAAGCUCAAAUGACUGGAUUGUUCAAAGUCCCAAUUCAACAAGGACUUCCAAUGUGAAUGUGAAAAAAAUAGACAAGGUAUCUCAAGCCUCACCUCAGUCACAGAGUACAGGGACCUCUUUUUCUCAGGGAACCUGGACUAGUCUGAAGAUUUCACCAUCUGCAGCAGCCACAACGAAUGGUGCAGUAAAACUGGUCAGAGAAGGGUGCUUUGCAUGUCCAAUGUGCAGUUUGGUCUGCAAAGACUGCUUUAUUCUCCAGGAGCAUGUUGAGCUUCAUCUACAGGACCAAGCUGCAGGGGCUGGUCCUGAGGUCGCCACUUCAACAGAAGUGUCUUCUACAAGCAGGGGUAGAUCAGGUGAAUUUGCAAGGUGGUCGGUUUGGCAGUUCUGAAUAAAAGUGAAUGACCAAACUGAACUAGAACUGUAUUUUUGGCAUCUCCAGGUGUGAUGCGCUAUGAGUGUCUGUUACAACCCAUUGUUUUGCAUCUUGUCAUUUUGUCUCUUUUAUUUUUUUGUAUUUGAAAGUGUUUGUGUCCAGGUAGGAUGCUGAUUGGCUCCUACAGGUUAAUGACUGGCCCAUCUAGAUUGGUGCAUUCAGUCUUAGGCACACCUUAAAAGCCCUGAUGUCACUUCCUUUCUCCAGUGCAGUGCAGAGUAGAGAGAGAGAGAGAGAAUUGUUGGUUUUUGGCUUUUUGGUUGUUUGGUCUCUGUUGAACUUUGAUACUAUUUUUGUAAGUAGGAACUGAUUGGUAUUUUGACUCUAUUGCUUGUUAUGAUGUGUAUUUGGAUUCUCCUUGUAACUCUGUUUGCCUGAUCUUGUAAAUAGUUGUAUAUUAUUGUAAAUAUAGAGGGUUGGGAGGAAGUAAGGAGUUUGACGCCAUUUUGUUUAUUGUAACCUUUUGAUCUCUGUUUUUGGUUAGGGAGUUAGGUUAAAAUAUUGUACUUUUAUUUUGUUUAGGGUAUAAGAAAGAGGUCUUAAACUACAGAAGUUUUGUUUAUUAUUUUGGCCUGGUCAACUCCUGAAGAAUAUUCCCCAUUUACUUAUUUUGUUGGUUGUAUUUUUGUUUGGCUCAAUUAAAAACCCUCUAAAUAAUCCCCAUUUCCUCCCUUCUCUUUUUAUGUUAUGCCUUUACCCCUAGACGGGCGUAACAUGAAUUGGGGGCUCGUCCGUCCAUUCGGAUGAAAUUAGAAGCUUUUUUACUCCAUCUGAAUGAAGUUGAGUAUUUGGGUACUCACUGUUUUUGCAGAGUUGUGUUUUUCUUGUGUUUGCCUGGUGGUUUUCAUCUAGUGUGGGAGGAAGCUGUGUUGUUACACGAGCACAAGCUCGUAAGUUUGAAGAAGAACUUGAUCUGUCCGACUCAUUUGUGUGUUCUGAUCAGUCAGAUGUUGAGACUAGUUUAAACAUAGACAAACAAAUUUUGAGUUUUGGGCCAAAUGUUGAUUUUCCUUUUGAUAGGAAGCACCUAAUCGAAACACAAAAAUCUGAUGGUACACUGACGACUUGUUUUAAUGCUGUGAUGGAUAAAACCUUGUUAGAUGAUCAUGUUGUUGCUUAUUUUCUAGAUGAUGGAGUACUUAUGCGUAAAUGGAGUUUGGAAGGAAAAUGUAACUGGAACUCUGUUUUCCAAGUAGUUGUGCCUAAUUCUUACAGCGAAUAUGUUCUACAUGUUGCUCAUGACCAUGAAUUGUCUGGACAUUUGGGGAUCAAGAAAACCUAUAACAAUCUGCUAAGACACUUUUUCUGGCCUGGCAUGAAAGCUAGUGUAACUAAGUAUUGUCGUUCGUGUCAUGCUUGUCAGGUUGCUGGAAAGCCUAAUCAGGUUGUUGCCCCAGCACCAUUAAAGCCUGUUCCGGUAAUGAGCGAACCUUUUGAGAAACUGGUAAUAGAUUGUGUAGGUCCCUUGCCGAGAACUAAGUCCGGCCAUUCGUAUCUGUUGACUUUAAUGUGCUCUGCUACCAGGUUUCCAGAAGCAAUUCCGCUAUGCACCUUGAAAUCUCCUGCAAUUGUGAAGUCCAUCAUUAAGUUCUGCACCACUUUUGGUAUGCCAAAAAUAAUUCAGUCAGAUCAAGGAUCUAAUUUCAUGUCCCGUGUGUUUCGUAAGGUAAUGAAAGAAUUGAAUAUCAAACAUUGCAUAUCAUCCACAAUCACAAAGCGUGUUAGAGAGGUUCCAUCAAACUCUUAAGUCUAUGCUUCGAACUUACUGUCUUGAACAUGAGAAGGAUUGGGAUGAAGAGGUUCCCCUUUUGUUGUUUGCUGUCAGAAAUACGGUCCAGGAAUCCCUUGGAUUCAGCCCAGCUGAAUUGGUCUUUGGACAUUCUCCUCGUGGUCCUUUAAAGAUGUUGCAAGAACAACUUCUUUCUCAAAGUCACUCAGUUAAAGAACAGAAUGUAUUAGAUCAUGUGAGUCAUUUCCAUGAAAGAUUGCAUUCUGUCUGGAAGUUGGCACGGCAAAGCUUAGAAAGUUCACAGUCUCGGAUGAAAAGUAGAUAUGAUGAAAACACUGUUCAACGCUCAUUUGAGCCUGGUGAUGAAGUUCUUGCAUUACUGCCUUUGCCUGGGUCAGCUCUUCAAGCUAGAUUUGUGGGUCCAUAUGUGAUUGAGGAAAAGUUAAGUGACACUGACUAUGUGGUAAAAACCCCUGACUGGAAGAAGAAAGAGAGGGUAUGUCAUAUUAACAUGCUAAAAUUGUAUGUUUCUCGUCCUAAGCCCGAAUGCACCGUUCCACUACCUGUUAUUGUAGCUGGGAGUGCAGUCUCCUCUGAGUAUUCACCUAGUGUAGAUGAUCUACGAAUUGGAAGUACCUGUUUGUCUGACAUUUUCCUGAAAAAUUCUGAAUCCCUUGCUGUAAUCAGUUCAAAACUGUCUCAUUUAUCUAGUUCAUCUCAAAAGGAACUAAUGCAGUUGAUUGAAAAGUAUUAUUCACUGUUUUCUGAUGUGCCCACUGUAACAAAUGUGUUGGAGCACGACAUUGAUGUGGGUGAUCAUCGUCCUGUUAAGCAAAAUGCUUAUCGCAUCAACCCAGUAAAGCGUGAGAUCAUGCAGAAGGAAACGCAGUGCUUGAUUGAGCAUGGUUUAGCUGUGCCAAGUUCAAGUCCCUGGUGUUCCCCAUGUCUUUUAGUUCCUAAAUCAGAUGGAACGUCACGCUUCUGCACAGAUUACCGAAAAGUUAAUCAGUUGACUAAAUCAGAUUCCUAGAAUAGAUGAUUGUGUUGACCGCACUGGUCAGGCCAAAUUUGUGACACAGCUUGAUUUACUAAAAGGAUAUUGGCAGGUGCCACUCACUGAUCGUGCUUCAGAAAUCUCCGCUUUCGCUACUCCAGAUGUCUAUGAAGUAAGGAGUUUGACGCCAUUUUGUUUAUUGUAACCUUUUGAUCUCUGUUUUUGGUUAGGGAGUUAGGUUAAAAUAUUGUACUUUUAUUUUGUUUAGGGUAUAAGAAAGAGGUCUUAAACUACAGAAGUUUUGUUUAUUAUUUUGGCCUGGUCAACUCCUGAAGAAUAUUCCCCAUUUACUUAUUUUGUUUGGUUGUAUUUUUGUUUGGCCAUCCCCGUUUCCUCCCUUCUCUUUUUAUGUUAUGCCUUUACCCCUAGACGGGCGUAACAGUGUCCAAUGUGUUCUCUGAGUUGUUCCAGUAGCUCCUCCCUUCAAGAGCACGUUGAGCUACACCUGGAAUAUGGCUCCGCAUCUGUAACAGGACAUUCAUCUGAAGACCUGACUCUGGCCAGGAAGCUUCAGGAGGAAGAGGAGCAAAAGUGGAGGGAGGCUGCAACUAGACGGGAAGCUGAGGACUUUAAGUAUCUCCAGGUUAGAUAAGAUAAUAUCCACCUAAAAGAAGCAGUUUGGGCUUGAUAACAGUGGUGGUUAUCGCAAGCAGAUGGAGAGGAAUAUGGAGAGGGCUGUGUCUCGAGGUCAGAUGGUUCCUGCAGAGUUCCACAGGAAAAAAGCAGAGAUGCUUGAAUCUCUGGCCUCCGGGGUGGAUGAUGGCAGAAGCACAACAUCAGGACUUAUGGGAGCUCUGUAUAGGUACUAUCAGAGGAACGCCUCUGACUGUGCACGUGUGGCUCUGUGCUGAGACGGAUCACUACUCUUCAUCAGGAGGGGUACAAAGGUUGGGGAUGUGGCUACAGAAACUUUCAGAUGCUUCUUUCAUCUUUGCACAGGAUGGAGCAGUAUAAACAUUUGCCUGUUUCAGUUCCCAGCAUUCCGAGAGUGCAAGCCUUAAGUGAAGAGUCGUAGGAUCAAGGCGCAGAUCCUCAGGGUGCUUCACACUUCAACCAUCGACUGCAGGGGACACGGGCUUGGAUAGGAGCUACAGAAAUCUAUGCAGUUCUCACCUCCCUUAGUGUGAAAGCCCGAAUUGUGGAUUUUCACAAGCCCAGUGGCCCAGGAGACACACACCCCAUACUGUAUGAGUGGGUCAAACAGUAUUUCUCACAUUCUGCCAGUAGGGGUGCAAGACUGCCACCCAAAUUAGUGCGGACGACAUUACCACCUAUAUACCUCCAGCACCAAGGCCACAGUUGCUCUAUAGUAGGAGUGGAACAGAAAGUAAAUGGCAACCUAUGCCUGCUCCUCUUCGAUCCGGGGUGUGCACCAAGGGAAAUGAGGAAGGUGCUGUCACAGGAUACAGCAGCUACCAUGGUACGACGUAUGCGCAAAUUCCCUGGUAGCCUAAAACACAGACAGUAUCAAGUGGUUGCUGUAGAAGGGCUGCUAACACCUGAAGAGAAAUGGUGCUGCAUUCUUAAUUCAAGGACACUAUGUGCUGAGAAAAUUCCUUGAUGGAACUGUCCACAUCCGCAGACUGCAAUUUUAUCUACUAUUCCUGCUACUUUUAUCAACUAGUUCCUUUAAACAGACUGUGGAAAAACUGUAUUUCUGUAUAAAUAAAUGUCAAUAAAAAAUAGCAGUUUUAUCUU